AUGGGACGCGCACAAGACCAAGUCAGCUACCUCAGCUUCAUCAAGCACUCGUCCCACAAGAGCGCGACAUCGCCACCGCCCAAGCCCGGCCGGGCCAACUCCGCUGAGCGAUGGGACGCGCACAAGAAGGCGGCGACGAUCCUAGCUUCUUCGUCGUCGUCGUCAGGCAUGCCUUCCCUCGUAAGCAGCAAGUGCUCGAUCAGCCGCGCAUCAUCCGCCGAGCGCUGGGACGUGCACAAGAAGCGCUGCCCGCCGCAGGACGAGUUGCUCGACGACGGCGAGAGCAGCAGUACUGGCAGCAACGACAUCGACAUGGAGGAGGAGGAGAUAGUAUGGAAGCCGCGGACCAUGUACGCUGGACCGGGCUUCGUCGUCGCCGCGCCGGAACCCAGCAUGCUUCCCAUGCCGACAUCGUUCUUGGUUCCCGUUGCAUAG